AUGUACGACUGCAGUCCGUUCCACUUCCGGGAGUGCUACAUAGAUUACUGGCUGUGGGCGACGGUACCGGGUCUGUUUCUUCUAGUCGGGGUGGUCGGCAACACUCUGAAUAUCAUCAUCUUGUCUCGUAAUCGAAUCCGGAAGUUCUCCACAAGCGUCUAUCUUAUGUUCCUCGCCGUCUCCGACAUGCUAUUCAUGUUCAGCUCGUGCCUAAUAGAAACAGUGUACGAAACGACGGGAAAGCGAUUAGAGGACACCUCUAACUUCAUGUGUAAGACCAGCCACUGGAUCGCGCACACUUCCGCGGGAUUCUCCGUUUGGCUUCUCGUGUUACUGACCAUCGAGCGCGUUCUUCUCACCAAAUGGCCGUACGUCGCCAAAGCAAGGCUGUCUAGCCGGAACGCUCUGAAAGCGUCAUUGGUAACGGCGGUCAUGUGUGCUUUGUUCCCAGUGCACUACUUCUUCGGGUUCGAGAUACGGCUUGUUAUAAACCACCUCAAUCAAACGAGCGGGUAA